UUCCUAUUGUGCGUGAGUAUCUGGAGGUGUUUCCAGACGAGCUACCGGGAGGACCACCAGACAGACAGGUCGAGUUCUCGAUUGACUUGAUUCCGGGAGCGGACCUUGUGUCGAAGGCACCUUACCGUAUGGCUCCGAAGGAGCUACAGGAGCUGAAGACACAGAUUCAGGAGCUGUUGAAGCUCGGUUUUGUGCGACCGAGUGUUUCACCGUGGGGAGCACCGGUCCCUUUUGUGAAGAAUAAGGAUGGGUCGAUGAGGAUGUGCAUCGACUACCGGGAGCUCAACCGACUCACUGUGAAGAACAAGUACCCGUUGCCCAGGAUUGAGGACCUGUUUGAUCAGUUGAGGGGUGCCAGCAUAUUCUCGAAGAUAGAUUUGAGGUCUGGCUACCAUCAGCUAAAGAUUAAGGAGUCCGAUGUUUCUAAGACAGCAUUUCGAACUCGGUAUGGCCAUUACGAGUUUGUGGUCAUGCCCUUCGGAUUGAGCAAUGCCCCAGCCGUUUUCAUGGACCUCAUGAAUCGAGUGUUCCACCCCUACCUUGAUCGGUUUGUCAUUGUCUUUAUUGAUGACAUUCUGAUAUAUUCUCGAGACGAGGAGCAGCACGAGCAGCAUCUGCGUAUAGUUCUAGAGACACUUCGUCGAGAGCGGUUGUAUGCUAAGUUUUCGAAGUGCGAGUUCUGGUUGGACCGAGUUGCCUUUCUCGGACACAUUGUCACUUCUAAGGGGAUAGAGGUUGAUCCGAGCAAGAUUGAGGCGGUGAGUAACUGGGAGGUUUCAAGGAAUGCGAGUGAUAUUCGCAGUUUUUUGGGACUAGCUGGCUAUUACCGUCGCUUUAUAGAGGACUUCUCGAAAAUAGCCCAACCAUUGACCCAGCUGACUAGGAAGUCAACCAGAUUUGUGUGGAGUCCCCAGUGUGAGGCGAGCUUCCAGGAGUCUAAGACGAGGCUCACUACGGCACCUGUAUUGACCAUACCCGACCCGACUUUGGAGUUCACUAUCUACAGCGAUGCUUCGAAGAUGGGCUUGGGUUGUGUGUUAAUGCAGCAGGGGAAGGUUGUGGCUUAUGCUUCGAGGCAGUUGAAGACUCAUGAACGAAACUAUCCUACCCACGACCUAGAGUUAGCGGCUGUGGUUCACGCGUUGAAGAUUUGGAAGCAUUACCUUUACGGAGGGAAGUGCGAGAUUUUCACGGACCACAAGAGUCUGAAGUAUCUCUUCACACAGAAGGAGUUGAAUAUGAGGCAAAGGAGGUGGCUAGAGCUCGUCAAGGACUACGAUUGCACGAUUAGCUACCAUCCUGGGAAAGCUAAUGUGGUCGCAGAUGCCCUUAGUCGGAAGG